UGACACGCAGUGUUGGAGCCAUGUGGAGGACGUCGUGUUGACGGUGCAGGCUGGUUAAACUCGUGUAGUUUGGAUUUCACCGGCAUAAUGCCCACAUUUUGUCCUGCCAUCUUAAAUAUAGCGUAGGAACAAUUAUUGUGACGUUGUUGACAAAGUCCAGCUGCUGCACGUGUCGCUGAAUAAUGGGCAAGUCAAAGACUAAAAACCAGAAGAAAGCCCGAACAACAGCCAACCAUGUGGCCGAGGAGACGUACGGGGCCGUCCCCCACUCCUUCGUGUUUCAUCGGGGUCAGAUUGGGAAAAACGUGGGUCAGCUCAUCCUGGACGUGCGGAGAGUCAUGGAGCCUUUCACUGCAGAGUCUCUGAAGGUCAGGAAAAAGAACGUGCUGAAAGACUUUGUGGCUAUUGCAGGACCACUGGGAGUGACGCACUUCAUGAUCUUCAGCAAGAGUCCAAGCAGUCUCAACAUGAGACUUGCUCGACUUCCCAAAGGUCCCACGCUUCAUUUCAGAGUGCUCAAGUACUCUCUUGUCAAAGACGUGGUUUCAUGUCUGAAGAAGCACAGGAUGCACGAGCAGCAGUUCACACACCAUCCUCUACUGAUCCUUAACAACUUUGGAUCUGACGGCAUGCACGUCAAACUGAUGGCCACCAUGUUUCAAAACAUGUUCCCUGCCAUUAAUGUGCAUAAGGUAAGCCUCAACAACAUCAAAAGGUGUGUGCUGCUGAAUUACAACCCAGAGUCCCAGGAAAUUGAAUUUCGACAUUAUAGCCUGAAGGUCGUCCCUGUGGGCAUGAGCCGUGGAGUCAAGAAGCUGAUGCAGGAGAGAUUCCCCAACAUGAGCAAGUUUGAGGAUAUCAGUGAGCUGCUGAUGAAGGGGGCGAACCUUUCAGAAAGUGAAGCAGAACAAGACGGGGAGCACAACAUCACUGAACUGCCACAGGUCUACUCUGGCCGAGGCAAUAUGGCUUCCCAACAAAGUGCUGUCCGUCUGACCGAGAUUGGCCCUCGCAUGACUCUGCAGCUGACGAAGAUACAAGAAGGCAUGGGAGAGGGGAAUGUCCUUUAUCACAACAUUAUCUCCAAGACAGAAGAGGAAAUACAGGAGAUCCUGAACAGGAAGGAGGCCCAGCUAAAGGAUAAAGAGAGUCGCCGGAAAAAGCAGGAGCAUAAUGUCGCUCUGAAGAAAGAAAAGCGAGAAGAGAACAAGAAAAAGAGCAUUGAAGGUAUUAAGAGGAAACACGCCGAGGCUGAAGAGGACAGUGAGGUGGAGGAUCCUGGGAUGCAGCAGGAUGAGCCAGCAGCUGUUGAGUCUGAUGACGAGGUGGAGUACUACAGACAGGCUGUAGGAGAGGAGCCAGAUGAAGACAUGUUCCCUAGUCUCAAAAAGAGGAAGGGCUCAGAUAAGACUCACGGGCCUGCCAAGAAGAGGAAGAUGACCUUUGAUAAACCACCAAGAAAAGACAGAGAUGGUAAAUCACCAAAAAGAAAUGGUCCAGGAGGACAGCAGCAUAGAGACAACCCAGGAAAAGGAUGGAAGAAAUCAAGAGAUGGGGAGAAACCAUUUGGAAAGAAAAUGAGGCCUGGAGGAAAGACAUUUGGAGCAAAGAAAGGCGGUGAUGGUGAGAGGAAAUUUGGUGGGAGGAAGAAAUUUGAAGGGAACAAAACAUUUGGUGGACAGAAAAAUAAGGACAAAUCAUUCAAAUCUAAAGGUCCGAAAGCCAGGCCAGGCUUUAAGAAGAAAGGUGCAGGAGCAAAGCAGGGCUUUAAACAGAGGAAGGGAAAAGGCUAAACUCUGCCUCUUCUGUCUGGACUUGGACAUGGAAUGUGUUCUUUUGCUGGAGCAUCAGAUGGCAUCAAGCACCAAUGUGCCAUCAAUGCUUCCACCUAGAAAGUCUGUGCGAGUGAGUGAUGGCUGAUUGCUAAAAAAAAA